CAUUCGCAUCAAGCGAUUAUAGUGGUGGCGGUGGAUAUUCUUCUCAAUACUCUGUACCACCACCACAAAUGUCAUCUGCUACAGAUAAUAACUACGGAUCUGGAGGGCAAGCUGGUUACAAUCAAGGGAGUUAUUCUAGUCAGCCUGGUGGUCAAGAAUGGAACCAACAAAGUUCUGGCGGAAAUUCUUACAACAGUGGUCAGUCAGGAAAUUCUUACAAUCCAGGCUAUGGUUCAAGUUAUGGAAGUGGAAGCUAUGAUCAAAAUAGUUCAAGUAAUUAUGGCAGUGGGAGCGAUCGUGGUGGGAGCAACUACAGCGGUAAUGGUGACCGUGGAGGAUCAAGCUAUGGAGGAAGCCGAGGAGGAAGUAACUAUUCCAACAACGAUCGUGGAGGCUUUGGAGGUGGGGAUAGAUCAAGCUAUGGUCGAGAUGGAGGAAAUAGAGAUGGAGGCUACGGUGGCGGCGGCAGGGGGGGUGGUUAUACUAAAGGUGGAGGAGGUGGUGGCUUUGGAGGCGACCGAGGGGGUGGAAGUGACAUGGUCACCCAAGAAGACACCGUGUUUAUUCAAGGCAUGAACCCUUCCACUACUGAAGAUGAAUUAUGUCAACACUUUGGAGCUAUCGGCAUUAUUAAGAUGGAUAAAAAAACUCAGCGUCCUAAAGUGUGGAUGUACAAAGAUAAAUCGACCGGUCAGCCCAAAGGUGAAGCCACCGUAACCUAUGAAGACUCAAAUGCGGCUUCGUCGGCUAUUCAGUGGUUUGAUGGAAAAGAUUUUAACGGAGCUACUAUCAAAGUUUCCCUAGCACAAAGACAGAACACCUGGGCCGGUGGAAAAGGUGGCGGCGGAGGAGGAUUCCGCGGGGGUCGAGGCGGAGGAGGCGGCGGCCGCGGUGGCGGUGGCGGUGGCGGCGGCGGCGGCGGCGGACGAGGCGGUGGCGGCGGCGGGGGCGGCGGCGGUGGAGGACCACCUUCUGGAAAUCGCGAAGGCGACUGGAGAUGUUCCAACUCUAGCUGUGGAAAUACAAACUUCUCGUGGAGAAAAAAUUGCAACCGCUGCAAUGAGCCAAAACCUGGCGGCGGGGGCGGAGGUGGCCCGCCUCUUAGCGGAGGAGGCGGCGGUCGUAGCGGUGGUGGCGGACCUCCCAGGGGUGGGGGCGGUCGUGGCGGGCGAGGCGGCGGCGGCUGGAACGGUGGCGGCGGAGGCGGCGGCGGCGGCGGCAGGGGAGACCGUGGCGGUGACCGCUCCGGGGACCGCUCUGGCGACCGCAGGGGUUACGGCGGCGGCGGUGGCGGCGACCGCGGUAGUAGCGGCGGUGCUAUGAGGGGAGACGGCGGAAUAACGAUGAGCGAUAAAGAUGCCAGGUUUGGAUGCGCGCAUCCGAUGCGACUGGAUGCCGUUAUUGGAUACCGAUGCCAUCUAGUUUUUGUCAACGUUAUAAUAGCAACAGGGAGGUGGGCGGAAUUCACAUCAUCAAAGACGCCGCAACCGGCGCUAGUUGCCAGCGUGCGGCGCGCCGCCCGCCCCGCCGAGUCAUCUGUGCGUGUAGUAGGUAUCUACACAGGCGGCCGCCGCGCCGGUCGUCGCCCCGACCGGCGCUGA